CACCACCUCCCUUUUUUGCUGUGAGAUGGAACGGCUGCAGUAAGCUGGCCCAGGGUACAGAAGCAGAAGAGACGACGCGAUGGUGACACCGGCCCAGCCCUUGUGUGUGAGCUGCGGCCGGUCCCUGCAGGGUCUACCAGCAUGACUGAGCCCCCACCUCGCGCCCACUGCUCGGUGCUUAGCUGCUUUGGCGAAGAACCUCCAAGUCUGGAAUACAUACAAGCUAAAGAUCUGUUCCCUCCCAGGGAGUUGGUAAAAGAGGAGGAUAAAUUACAGGUACCAUUUCAGGUACUACCAGGCGAAGGGGUGGAGUAUCUAGGAAGUGCAAACGAUGCUGUUAUAGCAAUCUCAAACUACCGGCUCCACAUCAAGUUCAAAGAUUCUGUCAUCAAUGUGCCUUUAAGGAUGAUUGAGACUGUGGAGAGCAGGGACAUGUUUCAGCUGCAGAUAAUCUGCAAGGAUUCAAAAGUUGUAAGAUGUCACUUCUCCACAUUCAAGCAAUGUCAGGAGUGGUUGAAACGGCUGAGCAGAGCUACCAUACGCCCCACAAAGCAGGAAGACCUAUUUGCAUUUGCCUAUCAUGCCUGGUGCCAAGGGAUAUGCUCGGAUGAGGAAGAGCACCAUGUUCACCUUUGCCGUCCUGGUGACCAUGUGAAGUUUCGCUUUCAGAGGGAAUUGGAACGCAUGGGUUUUGACUUGCAAAAUGCCUGGAGAGUCUCUGAUAUCAAUAACAGUUACAAGCUUUGUUCGAGUUACCCUCAGAAACUUCUGGUUCCUGUGUGGAUUACUGACAAAGAGCUGGAGAAUGUUGCUUCUUUCCGAUCUUGGAAGCGUAUUCCGGUUGUGGUAUACAGACACACACGUACAGGAGCAGUGAUAGCCCGCUGCAGCCAGCCGGAGAUUAGCUGGUGGGGUUGGCGUAAUGCUGAUGAUGAGUACUUGGUCACCUCAAUUGCAAAGGCCUGUGUGCUGAACCCAGGAAGCAAAGUAACUUCUGGAAACCUCAAAGGCAGUAGCGAUGGAGGUGAAAACACAGACACCGACUUUGAUUCUUCACUUACAGUCUGUCCAGGGAUCGAAGUUGGGGGAGCCCCACAGAAGUUACUAAUACUGGAUGCCAGAUCUUACACAGCUGCUGUGGCAAACAGGGCAAAAGGAGGAGGGUGUGAAUGUGAAGAAUAUUAUCCAAAUUGUGAAGUAGUGUUUAUGGGAAUGGCAAAUAUACACUCAAUCCGUAAUAGUUUUCAGUACCUCAGAGCAGUGUGCAACCAGGUGCCAGACCCGGGAAACUGGCUUUCAGCACUGGAAAGUACUAAGUGGCUGCAGCACCUGUCUGCAAUGUUGAAAGCUGCAACCGUUGUGGCUAACGCAGUAGAUCGUGAAGGGCGACCAGUGUUGGUUCACUGCUCGGAUGGCUGGGACAGAACACCUCAAAUUGUAUCUCUUGCAAAAAUCCUGUUGGAUCCAUACUAUCGAACAUUAGAGGGAUUCCAGGUGUUGGUUGAAACAGACUGGUUAGAUUAUGGCCAUAAGUUUGGAGAUCGCUGUGGACAUCAGGAAAAUGCUGAAGAUCAAAGUGAACAGUGCCCAGUUUUUCUGCAGUGGCUAGACUGUGUCCAUCAACUUCUGCACCAGUUUCCGUGUCUUUUUGAAUUUAACCAUGCCUUUCUGGUUAAGUUAGUCCAGCACACAUAUUCCUGCCUCUAUGGGACUUUCCUUGCCAACAACUCCUCUGAGAGAGAGAUACGUAACAUCUAUAAAUGGACCUGCUCGGUGUGGUCCCUGCUGAGAACAGGCAACAAGAAUUUUCACAACCUGCUAUACAUGCCUGGCAGCGAGCUAGUUCUUCAUCCAGUUUGCCAUGUUCGUGCACUUCAGCUCUGGACAGCAGUAUAUCUACCGGCAUCUUCACCUUGCACACCUAUUGACAAUGGUAUGGAACUGUACCUUUCUCCAGCUUCUCAAGGACCAGACUUCAGUUCCAGAUCUCUGGAUAGAAUGCCUAAAACGCGAUCAAUGGACAAUCUUGUUACAGCCUGUGAUAGUGGUGGGUUGCUAACACGUACCUCAAGUGAUCCCAACUUAAAUAAACACCAAGGCAGCAUGGAAUCGCGUAAUGGUAGUGUGGAGGGCUCUGAAGCGGGCAGUCAGGAGACUCAGCAGCACUCGACAACCUUAGACUCCAGCAAGGAAGAGGAAACUGAUAAUGAUCCAGUUAAAAGCAGCAGCAAUGAGGAAAACACUUCUGAAACUAUAGAAGAAAACAAACUAAUGGUCUCCGAACUAAUGGUCUCCGAGAAUGCAAAAGAAAAUAAGGGAUUUGAUUUUGAAACCUCAAAAGGAAAUGAGGGAAUUGUUUCUAAAACCACAAAUCACAAUAAUAGAGAACUAAACUUACUUAACAGUACUUCACUUACAAAAGUAGAUCAUGUUGACUGGAAGUGCAGUAGUUUUAAGCCUGGAGUUGAAAGCAAUCCAGAUAUUCAAGUGCUAAGUGAUACUACUGUAACUAACUCAAAUACUGACAGCCACAAAAGUACAGCACUGGUGCACCUUCCAAACUCACUCUUAGAGGCUGAUUUAGCGGUUCAUACCAUAUCAUGCAUAGAAGUCAGCAAAGCUGUUAAAUCACCAUUAGAGCUAAGGACUGAUAAAAAGAAUGGCUUUCAGGCCCCAAAAAAUGAUUUCUCUUUUUUAUCAUCCAACUGGGAUGGUUUGCAGGGAAUGAUGAAAUCUGUUCCCAUUGGGGAGCUAGGACUCCGUCAUCAGAUGUCAUAUGAUUGCUCUACAAGGAGUCUGCACAGUAGACAUGGGAGACAUGCAACAGGCUUAUGUUUUUCUAGAGAGUCUGCUAAACUUUCCUGCAAUUAUCCAACCUCUCUGCACUGUUCUGGUUCUUCAGUAAGGAAUAGGUGUUAUGUGGCUUGUCACACAAAGCAUCACAAUGGGAGGUUCCUUCCUUUGACAUGUCCAUCUCCAGCAUCUGUCAUAUACCAUGAUGAUGAUGGUUUGCCUAUUCCAAAUGAUGUGGUCCAGCAGCGGUUGCGACAGAUGGAAGCUAGCUACAAACAAGAAGUGGAGCUCUUGAGAAGACAGGUUUGGGAAUUGCAGAUCCAGCUGGAGAUUCGUCAACAUUGUGCUCCACCAUCAGAGCCAGAGGCGGACUAUGAAGAUGACUUUACAUGUGUAAAGGAAUCAGAUGGCAGUGAUAUGGAUGAUCUCUACUCUGAUAAAAGUGAAGAUCGACUGUCAGAGGCCAGUUGGGAGCCAGUGGAUAAGAAGGAAACCGAGGUUACAAGAUGGGUUCCAGACCAUAUGGCCUCACAUUGCUUUAACUGUGACUGUGAAUUUUGGUUAGCUAAACGUAGACAUCAUUGCAGAAACUGUGGAAAUGUUUUUUGUGCGAGCUGCUGCCACCUAAAGCUACCUAUUCCUGACCAACAGCUUUAUGAUCCUGUGUUGGUUUGCAAUACGUGUUAUGACCACAUCCAAGUCGCACGUGCUAGGGAGCUCAUGUCCCAGCAGUUGAAGAAACCCCUGGCUGCAGCAUCGAGUUGAGCACAGGACAAAACCAUAGCUUCAAGCUUCUCCUUUUGUUUCCUGCAGCCAAGAUGAAGAUUUGAAGGGAUGGCGUGUCUUCUGACCUACAGCCGCAUGCCUGUUGUCUCUUACUUCAGUAACGAGCAGCACACCAGGCUACUUACUAAGCUUAAAAUGGCUGCUCCGUGACAGGUUUUCCCCCCCACAAAAUGGAGUUGUGAUACAGUAAACAUCUAGCUUUUUCAACAACUCUAACCAUUGAAAAGUUUUUGUCCAUGGUUGUCAGAUCUAAUGCUAGGGUUAGUGAUGAAAUAUCAUUCAUUCUGGGUAUGACGGAAAUGUCUAUGAAGGGGUGCUGCUUUUUAUGCUUUCUCACCUAUUGAGAGACUGGAAAAGUUCAAUAAAAAGAACUCAAGCUGAUUUUUGCACUCUGCUUAAGGAUUUGGGAAGCAUCUAGAUUUUGUUGUCCCAGUUCCUCUAAUAGUGUUGUACAUUUGUAUGUCUCUGCAUCUGUGUUAACUGGGGGACUUCUCCUGCUGUCUUUUUUCUCAUGUUUUCCCUAAAUACGGUUGGAAUAUGUUGUAAGGUAAACAUGAAAAGUUCUUGGUUAAAGUGAUGGAAGUACAUCACAAAACUAAUGUCAAGAUCAUGUGUAGGAUUUACAUGUAAAUAUUAAAAUCAUAGAAUGCUACUGAACUGUGAAAAAUAACAAUGGAUGUCUCAGCAUUUGCUAGCAUUUCCAUUGGUUAGGCUUUAGGGCUCAAUUAACUCAACACCCCUGAUCUCCACUACCACUCUUAAUUUUCACGCACCUUUACUAUUUUUUUCCCUUUUGUGUUUGUAAAUAAAAAAAAAUUUUGCUAUUAUUUUUUAAUUUCCUGUUUGCCAUAUAAAUACGUAGUCCUCAAAACUUGAUUCCUAAGUGGUUAAAAAAGGUAUCAAGUGAAAUGUGAAGUCUUGGCAGUUUUUUUAUUUUUAUUAAAUAAGAGGGUUCAUAUUAAAUGCUGCUAUUUGAAAUUUUGUGCACUUAAUCAUUAUAACCCAAACAAGGGAUGAAAUAUUGAUACCAAAAGGUUUGUGAUGUCAGGUAAAUUGAUGCUCUUUUAUUCUUGCUCUGUAAAGUGCCACGUUGUCACAAUUAGCCAUGUUAUGUCAUUUGUUGCUUUGACGUAUAUGUAAAUACAACACUUCUUCUAGGUCUAUCUGUUUUUCAUCAGUCCUCUAAAGCUGGCACCACAGUUAAUGAGGCAGUUGGCUCUAACUGAGGAACAGUAUCCCACAUGCAUGAUAGUUUGUUGGAUAAAACCAGACUGUGUGCCAGAAACCGUACUGGCACUUGUAACUCAACAAACAAUAAUCUAGUUGUGGUAUUAGUCUGAUUACACUGAGUCGUUUUUGAUUUUGUAAUUUCUUCAGUACUAGUAAAAGAAAAGAAAUGUGCUCCGUAUUAAUACUGUGUUGCAGGUCCUUCCAGAAGCAUCAUGGUUACAAAUUUCUAUGCAGCGCCUAGUUUACCAACCUGCUUUACAAUCUUGGUAAUUAAGAUUAUGUGUAGUACAAAAUUUGAUAUACAAUAUCUUUUCACCUGACUUGCAUGGCCACUUCUGCGGAGGACAAGACAGAAGAAUGUUACAGUGGCCUGGUCUCUCGGGGCUCCAUGAAUGACAGAUGUUGGCGGCAACCUGUGUUCAAGUCUCUGGACUCUGAGUACUGUGUUCUGGUUUUAGAAAACAGUUUUUGUACUACUGUUGUGUUGGCCUCCUUUAAUAGCCUGUAAAGCUCCCUUCCCAAAAGGAAAUUGUGUUGUUGAAAUGUUCAUGGAAAUAUAUUCCGUAAUUGUCUUUUCUGUGGGGAAAAAUGCAUUGCGUAUAUAUGUUAUCCUUAUCCCCAGAAACACAACGUUUGGGAAGGGACAUUGCCCAGUAAGAACCAGAGUAUUACAAAAUAAUGGGCUGGUCAAACAAAUACAGAAUACAUUUCUGUAAAAAUUACGGUGUACAACAUGAGAUGUUCUGUAAAGGUGAAACUCUUCAAAAUAAAUACUUAUACCAAGGA